UUUGAGGUUAGAAUUUUGCAAUUUUUGUUUGCAAAUUGGAUUUGUGUUGAAAAAUUACUGAGAAAAUCGUGAAAUUCCCAGUGAUUUGUGAUAAAAAUCAACCUGCUUGGCAAUGAAUGACCUGCGCUUCUUCCCGGAUGAACCCCCAUAUGUGGGGAAGAGUUUCUUCCGCCCAAAUGGCUCAAUUAAAUUCGAUCCCAUUCUCACCGAUCAAAGAUAUUCAUUUGUGGUUAAUCUCCUGAGCAAUAGCUACUGGAAGGAGAGGAUACGAACGGUUGCUGACUUUGGUUGUUCUGAUUUGAAUUUUUUUCGAGUUUUGCGGAGUCUGCGCUUCCUCCGGACGGCCUAUCUGGUGGACAUUGAUGAGGAGAUGCUGAAGAAUAACCGGAUGCGUGCUCAACCAAUAAAUAGUGAUUACAUCAACAGACGGGACAGUCCUUUCCACGUUGAAAUCCUCCGGGGAAGUGUGGAUUUCUUCAGUGAAAAAAUGAUCAAUUUGGAUGCAUUUGUGGCCAUUGAACUGAUUGAACAUCUUUUCCCGCCAGAGCUGGAAAGGCUUCCCUAUAAUGUUUUUCAUCUCAUUAAACCCCAAAUUGCCAUUUUCACAACACCAAAUUCGGAUUUUAACAUCCUCUUUGCGACACUCCCGUUUAACAAUUUCCGCCACGAUGAUCACAAAUUCGAAUGGAGCCGGGAGCAGUUUCAAGAUUGGGCAGAGAACAUUGUACAGCGCUUCCCGGAUUACGUGGUGAGUCUGCAGGGCAUUGGACCAGGUCCGGAGGGAGCUGAAGAGUAUGGAGGAUGCUCUCAGGCGGCAAUCUUUGUGCGAAGACCCGAAUGCGUAGAAACACAAAUCACCCCGUGGGAGGUUCAGGAGUACAAUGCUGGGGCCAGGAUGCAAACGUACGACGUUAUCCUUGAAUGUGAUUUCCCUCAUGAUGAACGGACGCGGGAGGAGAAGAUCUCAGAUUGUGCCAUGUAUCAUAUAAAUCAAAUUGAGCACAGAAGUCGCAUGGAUAGGGAUGCAGAGCAGUACGACUACGCCCCCUUCCGACUGGAGAUUCCUCUUGAGAAAAUUCUAGGAUGUGUGACACAGGAUCACGCCACGACGCAGCAGGAACUCGAGGCCAUUCUCCGGGGGAGGCCAAUGCAAGUUGAGAAUGGGAAUGUUGUUAUUGUUUCCGAUGAUGAGGAAAUGGGGGAUGAGGAGGACUAUGAGAAUUACUAAAUUAAAUAUAUUGAAGAAAUCUCA